AUGCAUACGGAAGGACAGAAGAAUGUGUCGUUCUUUGAUUUCAUCGGGGGGAUUCAACUCCUCCACGGGGAGGACACCAAGACGGUCCUCCCGGUCGUCUUGAUAGGGAUCUGCGUGUCCGGGGCCCUGGGGAAUUUGCUGGUUUUGCUGAUUUUCCUCCGCGAUUUCCGCCACGGACGGGGGUCCGAGAUCAAAGCGCUCCUCGCCUCUCUGGCCUCGACGGACUUGCUUAUCCUGCUGCUGUGCGCCCCGGUGCGCGCCGUGACAUACUACAAGCAGACCUGGACCCUUGGGAGCUUCGUCUGCGCCACGGCGGACUGGUUUCAGCACUCGUGCGUGGUGGCGAAAACUUUGAUCCUCGCGGUCACCAGCAAGGCGAAGCACAACUUGGUCCCCAGCGCCGCCAAGGGACCCCUCUUCAGCCCGACGUGGAUUCACGGCGCUCUGGCGUUCAUCUGGACGGUGUCGAUGCUGUUCCCGGUGCCCCAGAUGUUAUUCGCCGCCCUGCAGCCCAGCGGCCCCGACGCCAUCUGCGUGUCCGAGAUACCGGCGUGCGCCUCCGAUUUCAUGGCCCUCUUCUACAAAAUCUACCCCGCCGCUACUUUUGCGCUGCCGACCGUCUUCACCCUGGCGUACUACACCCAGACGCUCUACACGGCGGUGAACCACGCGCCCGGCCCCCUGCAGCAGAGCAAGGUCACCCUGCUUUUGCUGUGCGUCAGCGGCGCCAACGCGCUCAUGCUGCUGCCCGAAUGGGGGACGUUCACUUGGGUGAGACUCGGCUACAGCAAGCCUCCCGUGGGAGUCGUCAUCUGCGCACAGGUCCUCCUUUACGCAUGCAGCGCCCUCUCCCCGGUCAUCUCCAUGACCAUGUACGACGACGUGCGCCAGGGGGUCGUCGCCCUCUGGCUGAUGGCAACCUGCAGGAGCGCCAAGCGCCUCGCCGGCGAGCGGCGUCCCGGCACGGACGGAGUCGCCGAGGAGGAGAUCCGAGCCAACUCCACCGCCACCGCCAACAACUCCCAAGACCCGGAGAAGACCUUCCCGGACGUGGAGCACUUUUGGACGGGGCGCAGGGACACGUACGUCGAGGAGAACCAAGACCCGAUUCCGUGGGAGAGAGAGGAGAAAAUGUUGUAG